GGCUGCUUAUCACCAGUCGGAUCCAGAACCUGGCCGAGAAUAGAAGUGUUUAAGCUUGACGAGUACGAUACCAAAGUUUGUAUUAAUCCCCGGGUGUGAUCCUGACUGUAAUGUGUUAGAAGUAACCCCUUCCAGAACUAUGUUACGUUUGGCGUUGUUGUGUUUGCUGGGCCUAACGGCUUCGGCCUGUGGACAACGCGGCACCGAGGAGGUAUUAAAGUGGCAACAAGUGACCUACGAUGUUCCGGAAAGUGUAUUGUCCGCCCCGGAUGCCUACAUCCCUAUUGGGAACAUUCCGAUGAGCGGCGUCCACUACAAGAACCGAGUUUUCGUAACGGUUCCUCGGCGUCGUUGGGGAAUUCCGUCAACUCUGAACGAAGUGGUCUUGACGCCACCCUUCCCUAAUACCAAUCCGGUCCUGAAGCCCUAUCCAAGCUUCGAGCUCAACGAACUCCGGGCUGAUCUUCAACCGGACGCCAACCGCCUGGUUACCGUCUAUCGACCACGCGUAGAUCGUUGCGAUCGUCUCUGGUUCGUCGAUACCGGCAUGAUGGAAAUCCCCAAUAAUUUCACCAUUGUUCAACGGCCAUCGAUCUGGGCUAUUGAUCUGAAGACGAACAAACCGAUUCAUCGGUACGAAAUCCCCAAGAAGGACGUAGACAGCGGGUACGGUUUGACGUCAAUCACCCUGGACGUGGAUCCGGACGAUUGCGAGAAGGUGUUUGUGUACAUUUCCGACCUGCAGACCUACCGGAUGAUCGUGUACGAUUACCAGAACCAGAAUUCAUGGCGAUUCGUGCACAAUUACUUCUUCCUGAACCCACUGGAAGGCGAUUACACGAUCCAGGGCAUUCCAUUCGCCUGGGAUGAUGGCAUUUUCUCGAUUGCCCUAAGCCGACCGGAUCCACAGACCAAGUUCCGUACCGCUUACUUCCAUGCGCUGUCCAGUAACUCGGAGUUCGUCGUUUCAACUUCAGUCCUGCGCAACGAAACUGCCUCCAAGCGUGGCUAUCAUGGCAACGACUUCAAGCUUCUUGGCUACAGGGGUGCCAAAUCUCAGUCCAGUAUUCACGCCCUGGAUCAGGAAACCGGUGUAGUUUUCUUCGCCUUGGUUCAACAGAAUGCCGUCAGCUGCUGGGAUAGCCGUAAACCGUUCGCUCCCCAGAACAUGGCCAUUAUCUACAAGAACGACAACGACAUCGUCUACCCGAACGAUCUCUCGAUCGACAACGACGGAUACGUUUGGUUUAUGUCCAACUCGAUCAUCAAGCUGCUGUACACCAAGCUGGACCUGAACGAGUUCAACUUCCACAUCUGGCGUACCAACAUCAAGGAAGCCAUCAAGGGCACCGUUUGUGAUCCGGCCGUUAAGCCGAACGUCGAUACCGAUCAACGCACUGGAGAAACGAGCGGAGGGGACAGCAUCACCUUCCUGGAGUUCAACGACAAACACGGCCCCGGUGGUGGUCCGCACGGUGGCUGGGGACAUGGUCAGCCCAAUCGUCCCGGUGGCCGAAGACCUUAAGUCCGUGGUUCGAGUGUGAGAUUGUAAUUUUAUCAAGUACGAUUUUAAGUGACGCUGAAAUUUGCUCUGCGGUGCAGCGCGCUUUAGGUUUCCAUUGACUUAACAUUUUAAUAAACAUCAUUGACUAGGUACAAA